GCGCGGCCGAGGAGAAGGGAGUGUCUCCUUGCGACCGGCAGGUAGUUGCUCACACGACUGAGCUUGCCACGCAGGCGCGGCUGCGCGGCCUGCCGCGCCACGAGUACUUCUUCGAGGUGGAGCUGCUGCCGCAGCGGGCAGCGGCCGAUGCCGGCGCCGGCGGCGUGGCGACUGGCGUGGCGACGGGCGGCGGGGCGGGCGGCGGGGCGGGCGGCGGGGCGGUGCCGUUUGUGGGAGAGGCGGAGGAGGCGGUGGAGGCGGUGGCGCUGGUGGUGGAGGAGGAGAGCGAGGCGGCGGUGCUGCAGGAGCUGCUGCUUCGCUCGCUGCUCUUCGCCGGCUCCCUCGUCGUGCGGCGGCAGCUGCGCGGCUUCCUUGCCGCCGACCUGCUCCCCGAGCAGCGCACGCUCCCCCCGCUGCUGCUGCUGGCCGCCCUCUACGCGCUGCCCCUCCCCCUCGUGCUCGGCCUGGCGCUGCCCCUCCCCCUCGUGCUCAGCCUGGCGCUGCCCCUCCCCCUCGUGCUCAGCCUGGCGCUGCCCCUCCCCCUCGUGCUCGGCCUGGCGCUGCCCCUCCCCCUCGUGCUCGGCCUGGCGCUGCCCCUCCCCCUCGUGCUCAGCUUGGCACUCCUCCUCUACCUCCCCGUCGCCACCGACGCCGCCCGCCACACCGCCACCGCCUCGUGGGGCGCCGCCUGGCUGCCGCGCUCGGUCCUGCUCGUGCUCGCGGCGUCGCCGCCGCUGCUCCUCAUCAUCGACGACGGGGGGGGCGGGGGGAUGCGGCAGGCCUGGGACGCCGAGGCCGGGAGCCUCCGCCACGCAGCUCUCUACGCCGAGCCGGGGUACUACGUGGCGGGCGACUCCGGGCUCACGCUGCCUCUCCCAGCCACGUUCGGGCUGUGGGGGGGCGAGGAGAGGGCGACCGGCAUCACCGUGGCUCACUGGUCGCACUCUUCCACGCGGAGACCGCUGUGCUGGUCGUGGCGGCGGCGUGGGAGGUGCUCCUUGCCUUUUGUGGGCGCCCUCUUCGUCACGCCGCUGCUGCUCGAGCGAGAGUCGGGCUCCAAGCAGAUGCAGUUCGUCUCUGGCGUCGGCCCCGUCGCCUACUGGGUCUCCUCCUGGCUCUGGGACGCGGCCCUCUACGCCGCCGUCCUCCUCGCCACCCUCGCCGUGCUGUGCGUGGCGCGCGGCGUCGUGCCGGCGGCCGCAAAGGCGUUCGCGGGCUCAGCGGAGGUGCUCGGCGCCACCGCGCUGUCGCUCGGCCUGUUUGGGUUCGCCGCGGUGCCCUUCGCCUCCGCCUCCUCCUUCUUCUUCUCGUCGCCCUCGUCCGGGCUGAUUGCGCUCAUCGCCUUCCACUUUGUGUCGGGCUUCGGCCUCGUCAUCGCCAACUUCAUCCUCUCCUUCAUCGACUCGACCGCGGACGCCAACGAGCAGCUGCAGCCCCUCUACCGCCUCUUCCCCGCCUUUUGCCUCGGCGACGCCUUUUACACGCUCGCCAUGCGCGACGCCACCCGCGCGCUC